AUGAGCGAUCUACCAAGGAGUGCGACUCCGCCGCAAGCAGCAUCUGCAUCAUCAUCGACCAGCGCUGCCGGCAACACCAACAACCUCACCCCGAGUGCGCAUCCUAGCAUCGCGAGGCAUCUUUCUCACACGCCCCAACACGCCUCCCCGCUUCGGUCAGCAUUUCAGCCCUCGCCCUCACCGCCCUCUUCGACGGGCUCUCCGGCUAUGAGCAGCUUAUCGCUAGAUGUGAACACGCAGCGCACACCAAUGUCUCGAGCUCCGUCCUACGAACCAGCCAAGUCCCCCAGCUCCACUCUGGUUCCUGGACCGGUACCUAGACGGCUUAGCGAGCCGCAGCAUCAGCCGGUGCAGAUGACACCGCGUCCCGAACAGUACUGGCUCGGAACUGGCGAAGCGGAAAGUUCGUCUCGCGGCGCUAUUGUUGGCAGGAGCAGUCCUCCCAUAGCAGCAAGCCAUGCCGAUGGUUACGCCAUCAGAAGGGCACCGAGUAGGACGGGCUCAGCGCAAGGCAUGCACUCGCAAAGCAUUGCGAUCGGCGAUGUUGGGCGCCCACAGGAUUGUGUCGCUACUGGUACAAGCGGCGCAUCCACAGUCGGGGGCUAUGCUUCGUCCGUAGAAGAUCAUUACUCUGUGCCACCUUCUCGCUUGAUUUCAAGAACUCCGACGCCAGUGCUCAGCGGUCUAGCUACCUCCACAAUGUCGGAGGAUAGCGACGAAGGCUUCAGCUCAGACUCGCGUGAUAGUGCGUGGAGAGGACAGAACAGGCGAGGGCUUGGAUCCUUCUUUGGGUGGGGCGCUGCGUUGGCUGGUACAAAGAGCGGCUAUCAGGCUGUAUCUGCCAAUCCUGGAAUCGCACCGGACACUCGAGUGACCAUCGCCGGAGGCAAGGGCGACAAGUGGGAUACCAGCCCGCCGUUGACCCCCUUGAUGGAAGCAGAGAUGGGUAGACGAGGCAGCGAUGCGAACGCCGUCGCCGGAGAUGAUGGUCAACAAAAGUGGUCCAAGCUGCGUAUGCAAGACUUUACGGAUGCUAGCUCCGGCAGGAGAUCUGGACUGCCGCGUGCGCGAGCACCUCAUUCGCGAAGGAGGAGGAGUCGGCACGCAGGCGUACCCAAUCCUCUCAAAGUCAUUCCAACGCUGCUCGGCAAAACGUUCAGGACAUUCUUCGGCCCGAUCCAUCCCUUCACGAUUAUGAUUGCGCUCCUGCUCAUUGCGGCAUUCGUGACAAGUGUCACGAUGCUCAUCAUCUACAUUCUCAACCCGGACAAGGAACCGCUGCCUUGGAGAAGCUACUGCGCGUCGCAGAUGGCUUUCCCACACGCGUAUGCCGAUGCCCUCGCACCCGUGGACGUCAUCGUCGGUGUGAUGACGGUAGACUCCAAAUUCGAGAGGCGAAGCAUGAUUCGGUCGACGUACGCCGCUCAUACACUUCCCCUCACUCCUGAUGGUCGGCCUGCCGCCAAUGUGCAGGUCAAGUUCAUCCUGGGCAAAGUGCGCAAAGCAUACGCUAGACGAGUCGCAUUGGAGAUGGAGGCGCACAAUGACAUCGUUGUCUUGGACAUGGACGAGAAUAUGAGCGCGAAAAAAACGCUUACCUUUCUAAAGUGGGCGGCUGAAAAUGCCACGAUGCCAUUUUUGAGGCCAUCUGCACCCCGCUCGCUUGUCCGUACGGAAACAGGAGGCUCGUCAGAGCAUACAGUUGCGCAGUCUGAUCAGGAUCGCCAAACUACUUCCGAGGUCGCAUGGAAGAAGGUCGACUACGUCGUCAAAGCAGACGACGAUGCCUUUAUCGUGCUGUCAGAAUUGGAACGUCAUUUGCGAGUAUCUCCUCGCAGGCUGACAUACUGGGGCUGUGAGUAUUCGAAGCGCAUAGAAUUCUGGAGCGCAGGGACUUUGAUCUGAUUACCGUUUUUCACUCCCUUCAGAUCUCGUCAAGGAAUGGUUCAUGGCUGGAGAAGCGUAUGCACUUUCGAUGGAUCUGGUCGAAUGGCUCGCAUCCACGCCGGAGGUCGAGAGAACAGCAAAAGGCAAGGAGGAUACCCGCACACCACAGUGGAUCGCGAUGCAUCCCAACCGAAGCAGCAUCAACUGGGUGUCUGAGCAUUGCUACAUCUACGACCACCCAAAGGCAAAUACGCCGUAUUCGCAUGGCUUCUUGUUCCCCGACUAUGUCGAACGCAUCAAGACCGAAGCCAGAAAAGGAUUGAGCGAGCAAGAAAUCGCUUGGAGAGGUGGUGAGAGGAAGAGCCAUUACUAUAGCACUGUCAACAAGUGGCAUCGCAAAUAUUAUCCGCCCAGAAAUGAUCUGACGGUGGAAGAGGAGGUGGAAGCUCUGGUCGAAGGUGGCGGGAGAUGGGCUGGCACCUGGAUCAGAGGAGGAGCUGUCGAAGGCGGCGAUGCAGAUGAUGAGAGUUGGCAGCCUUGGGCCGAGCUCGUCUACGAGAGCGAUGAUGCUCGGCUGCGAUUGCCCAACGAUCACAGGAAAGGCGGACAAGGCAUGCUCGCAUCAGACGUUGAUGUUGACGCGCUCACAGGUCUUCCAAUUCUUGGCCCUCUCGUCAGUCUGAACAGCACAGCCGGGGCGGUGUCUACCAAGAGCUCGGACACCACACCUCAAUGGGGCAGCGGCCGUGGCAAGAGGCGGACUUCAGAAGAUAGUCUGCGCAGGAGUGAUCAUGCGCCGAUACACUCUCCCUUGCAGGUGGAAGCCUUGCCAGCAUAUAUUCCGAUGGAUCCGAGAAGUAGAGACGAUGCGCAGUGGCGUCACCUGCCCCGACCUACACACCGUGAAGGUGGCGGUGCUGCAGCUCGCCUUCGGGCUAAACGAUAUCUGGGCCGACCGCACGGGGGUACGGUGAUCGUGCACUACCUCAAGAAGAGCGAGUAUUGGCUGGAGACCGCCAUGGCUUUCUUGGGUCGAGAAGCGAUGUGGCAAAGCAGCUUUGGAGGCGGACCUUCGCGCGAAUACAGGAUGUGGGGUAGCCCACUGGUCAGACAUGACGGAUACAUCAGCGAGGGAAGGUCUCAGCCUAGACCUGACGCGGGUGUACGGGUAGCUGCGGGCGAUGAACCAUGGCCGGCAGGAUCGACACAGGCUUUCAAGAGCACGAAUCCUGCGGAAACCUCGUCAGAGGCGCGUCACACCAGAGAGGAGAACAGUAUUGUACCGACCACCUUGUAG